AUUCAUCUGAACUACUCGCCACCUGAGAAGAAGAUCACAAUGCAAGACUUGCUCUUGGAUCAGAGCGCAUCCGCUUCUUCUAUUGCAGGAACAACACCAUUUCCACUACUCUCACGUGAGGGUGUAAGGGCAUAUAGAAGGGCCUUGUUCCAGCGAAAGGUCCUCGACCGAUGUGCGAGCUCGCCGUUCCCAGGCACUUUAGUUCUCCGCAAUGCAGCGAAGGAAUCGAACUUCAUCAAGGAUUUCUGGACACAUCCUCAGACAAUGAGCAUAGUGUCCGAAGCUAUGGGUGUUCCUUUGAAUGUGGUUAUGCCUACAGAAAUUGGACAUACUAACGUUCAAGUCGAAGGAGCUACUGUUUCGGAAAUGACGAAAAAGCUUAAGGUUGAGCCAUCGGUCGAAAAGGUCGAAUUGAGUGUAGAGGAGCGAGCCUACAACCCAUUGCAGGAUGCUAGUGCUAUUAUUCCAUGGCACUAUGAUUCUUAUCCUUACGUAUGUGUCUUGAUGUUGAGCGAGACGGAGGGUAUGAUUGGGGGAGAAACAUAUAUCAAGAAGGGCGAUGGGACACCUCAAAAGGUUGAAGGACCUCAGAUUGGCCAUGCAGUAAUGCUUCAAGGUGGUCAAGUACAGCACCUAGCUGCUCGAGCUAAGGGUGUGAAGGAACGCAUAUCCACUAUUACUUCCUACCGUUCAAGUGUGCCAACAGUCUAUGACUCCAGCUACAUGACCAAUAUCCGACCCUACGCAAAUUUAAACAGUCUCUACCCGGAGUGGAUCCAGUACCGAUUGCAAAAGUUGAGAGACGAGAUCAACAAUUAUCUCAACAAAAUUGAAAAAGAACCGGAGCUGGCUCUGGACAAGGUGCAACUGGAAACCCUUAUAAAUGAGCAAGCAGAGUACCUUCGACAAACCUCACGGCAGAUGGUUUCGCCAGCGGAAGAGCAGCGGAUUUUGAAGAAAUAUGGAAGCACGGCAUACUACGAUGCGCCGAGAAUAUGGAUAAAAGUCCAAUCUCUGCCAGAAUUUAAUAUAAUUGCAUCUUCUGCAGAUGAGAAGAGAGUCUGGAUGCCAGAGAGUACCUACUGGUUGGAUCUUCAGAGCUCGAUUGAGACACUUCGUUUGGGGAGAUCCCUUAAGAGUACAAUGGGGAAUUUGACUUGGGAUGACAAACGGCAGUACUUCAUGGGUGAUGAACUUAUGCGUCAAGGAUUAAAUGAGAUGUUUUUGGAUUGGCUGGGUGUUUCGGGGCUGUGGGGUCUUUAUUGCAAGAUGACUUGA